GGCAGUCGGUCCCGGUCGGACUUCGCCGCCUUCUUGCGCCCUUGGUACCCGCGGGAGGUAGGCGGAGGGGUGCGGAGCGCAGGGAGGAGCCGAGCCGGGCGCGUCCCGAGCGCGGCCCCCGCCCUGGGAGUCAGCUGGAGCGCGGAGCCCCCUGCAGGGGAGCAGGCGAGCGGCGGCGGGACGCGGCGGCUGCGGCAGGCGCUCUCAGUGCAGCCCCUGCCGGGCCGGCGAGACUACUGGGUCCCCGGCCGCUCACCGCCUUCCCCCGCCAGGUGCAGCGGGGCGCGCUCGCCCUGCGCCUCCGCUCGACUCCCCACGGCCUGCCCUCGCCCAGCUCCGCCUGGGCCAUGCGGGGGGUCCCGGAGGAAGAGACGGCGAGAGCCCGGCCUGCGCCGGCCGCGCUCGGGGGGCGCCCCGCUCUCUGAGCCUCCCCACCUGCUAGCAUGUGUCGCCGCCGCGGGGACCAAGCCUGUCGCUAAACUUUCUCUGGGCCGCGCGCCCGCGAUCGCGCUUCUAAGCAGAGAGACCAAAGGACCGAGGACCAGGCUGGCUUUGGACUUCGGCCCUCGACAGGAUCUCCGGAGAGUCCUUCCCCUGGGAUCUGAGCCCGACUGUCCCUCCCCUGCCCUGUCCUGCCACGAGGAGCCCCUGCGCCUGCCCGAAGCAGUUUGUCUCUGGACGGAUUUCUUUUAAGAGAAAAAGAAACCAACAGGUUGUCAGCCCAGGCGCCACGCGCGGCGCCCGGGAGAGGGCGGCCCCGCACUCCUUGGCCUGCGUGGGCCCCUGGUGGGGCGCGGGAGGCCGAAGCCGGGUGGGGGCGAUGGCGCGGCCCGACCCGUGCGCGCCGCCCUCGCUUCUGCUUCUGUUCCUGGCACAGCUGGUGGGCCGGGCGGCGGCUGCGUCCAAGGCCCCGGUGUGCCAGGAAAUCACGGUGCCCAUGUGCCGCGGCAUCGGCUACAACCUGACGCACAUGCCCAACCAGUUCAACCAUGACACGCAGGACGAGGCGGGCCUGGAGGUUCACCAGUUCUGGCCGCUUGUGGAGAUCCACUGCUCGCCGGACCUGCGCUUUUUCCUGUGCUCCAUGUACACGCCCAUCUGCCUGCCGGACUAUCACAAGCCGCUGCCGCCCUGCCGGUCGGUGUGCGAGCGCGCCAAAGCCGGCUGCUCGCCGCUCAUGCGCCAGUACGGCUUUGCCUGGCCGGAGCGCAUGAGCUGCGACCGCCUCCCGGUGCUGGGCCGCGACGCCGAGGUCCUGUGCAUGGAUUACAACCGCAGCGAGGCCACCACUGCGCCCCCCAAGUCCUUGGCGCCGAAGCCCACUCUUCUCGGCCUGCCGGGGGCGCCCUCCUCGCGGGGCGAGUGCGGUGCGGGCGCCCAGGCUGUUUGCACUUGCCGCGAGCCCUUCGUGCCUAUCCUGAAAGAGUCACACCCACUCUACAACAAGGUCAGGACAGGCCAGGUACCUAACUGCGCGGUGCCCUGCUACCAGCCGUCCUUCAGCCCGGACGAGCGCACUUUCGCCACCUUCUGGAUUGGCCUGUGGUCCGUACUGUGCUUUAUCUCCACCGCCACCACAGUGGCCACCUUCCUCAUUGACAUGGAGCGCUUCCGCUACCCCGAGCGCCCCAUCAUCUUCCUGUCUGCCUGCUACCUGUGCGUGUCGCUGGGAUUCCUGGUGCGCCUAGUCGUGGGCCAUGCCAGUGUCGCCUGCAGCCGCGAGCACAGCCACAUCCACUACGAGACCACGGGUCCCGCGCUGUGCACCAUCGUUUUCCUGCUCGUGUACUUCUUCGGCAUGGCCAGCUCCAUCUGGUGGGUCAUCCUGUCGCUCACUUGGUUCCUGGCUGCGGGCAUGAAGUGGGGCAACGAGGCCAUUGCGGGCUACGCGCAGUACUUCCACCUGGCGGCGUGGCUCAUCCCCAGCGUCAAGUCCAUCACAGCGCUGGCACUGAGUGCUGUGGAUGGCGACCCCGUGGCCGGCAUCUGCUACGUGGGCAACCAGAACCUGAACUCGCUGCGUGGCUUUGUCCUGGGCCCGCUGGUGCUGUACCUGCUGGUGGGCACACUUUUCCUCCUGGCGGGCUUCGUGUCACUCUUUCGCAUCCGCAGUGUCAUCAAGCAGGGUGGCACCAAGACAGACAAGCUGGAAAAGCUCAUGAUCCGCAUUGGUAUCUUUACUCUGCUCUACACGGUGCCAGCCAGCAUCGUGGUCAUCUGCUACCUGUACGAGCAGCACUACCGUGAGAGCUGGGAGGCUGCACUCACGUGCUCUUGCCCGGGCCGCGACGCCGGCCAGCCGCGCGCCAAGCCCGAGUACUGGGUGCUCAUGCUCAAGUACUUCAUGUGCCUCGUGGUGGGCAUUACUUCUGGCGUCUGGAUCUGGUCAGGCAAGACAGUGGAGUCGUGGCGCCGCUUCACCAGUCGCUGCUGCUGCGGGCCACGGCGGGCGCGUAAGAGUGGGGGCGCCGUGGCCGCGGGGGACUACGAGGCCAGCUCCGCGCUCACCGGCAGGACCGGGCCUCCAGGCCCUGCCGCUGCCUACCACAAGCAGGGCUGCACUAAUCUUGACAUGGGCUGCCAGGAGAAAACCUUCCAGAUCACACACUGCACCUUCAGAGUGGCACCCAUGACCUACACUCUGACAUCUACGGAUCCUGAUUGUCAUUACUUGCUUGAAGAAAUGAAGGAUGCUCCAGGAAGAACAGACACCACCCUGCUGUGUUCUGUUUGUCAACCUGUCUGUGCACUGGGGCUGUGUGGAGAGAGGCUGUGUGGGGGGAGGACGGAGGUUGGAUCCACAGCUAGGUAUUGAGCUCUAAAUUCAAGUCAGGGACCCAGAAGUCAAUUUAGUCUGUUCAUCUGCAAAGAUGGUCUGAAGGCUGAAUAUAAUCACAAGACCACUUUCUGCUGAUCACAGCUGUGCAGAGCGCACCUGAGAGGUCAGUGUGCCAAAGCCAUCCCGUUCUGAUGCUUGGUAUUGUGGGUGUACUCAGGCUAUGCUCUAAGGCACUGUGGGAAAACAUAGGUAAUCAGGAAUUUAAAAGUGUAGAGAGGUGACAACACACAUCCCCUCAGAGGCCAAUGACAGUCCAAGAACAUGUAACUCGGGGUCAAGGUGAGUGCUCUGGUACAAGAGAUCGAGCCCUGGCUGUGCAGAAUGGUGACAGCGGUGUCACUGUCACCUCGGGGCUGUAGUCGCACUCCCUCCUCUGCUGCACCUUGCUCACUUUCACCCUCUGAAAAAGGCAGAGAGCAGUCACCAGCAGGAGCAGGGGGGACCUUAGAAACCUGGAGAAAGGUGGACGUGGGAUGAUAUCACUGGCCACAGCACUGCUCUGAGUGAUGCAGUUACAGCGCAUCACUUGCUCGCUCGCUUCUCUUUCGCCUGGCUUACGGUACCCUAAGGGCCGGUCUGGUGAGGCAUGUGGAGCUGGGGAUCAAACAGCAGUCUCCUGCACCAGAAUUGAGUUUGCCCAAGCAGGAGCUUUAAACAACUGAGCAAACUCGCAAGCCCCUACAGAGCUCUUUAGUUUGUCAUGAGGACACAGAGAGGUACAGUGGUUCUGUGUGGGCAGGGAAGCAGGCUGAGCUCCCAGCUCCACUGUUCACUGGCUAUGAUCCUGAGCACUUGUGUCUUAGCAGUUCACUGUUCUCAUCUGUGAAAGGGGGAUAAGAGUAGUCACAGUGUAUGUCAGGGUUCAGAGAAGGCAACACAUUCCCACUGGCUUGAGCCUCCAGUGGUACAGACAUGCCCAUUUCAUUGGCAACUUGUACCACAUGUGGGACUGUCCCGGACCACCCAAAAAGAUGGUCCUACAUAUCCCACCAGUGAUUCAAGCUACCCAACAGCAAGACGUGAGUUACAGCUCUGUCACAAACAUGGUAAAGGAUUAGGUAAGGGUCAGCUAAGUAAAUCAAGGAGUCAGCAGCUGUCCUAGUGUGCUAUGGAUAGAUGACAGGCAAGGUUCAAAAUAUGUGCAAGAACCACUUCAGCUUCAACCUUGGGAACAGAGCUUCAGGAGCUCUAGAUCCCAAGAAAUUCAA